AUGGAGGUUAGAUGUCUGUUCCUCAAAGGCUCCCUCGGACAGGGGUAAAUAACAUAGUUUCCACUUAUUGAUUUUACACUCUCAUAUCAAGAUGGAUUUCUACUUAAAGGGGUACUGCAAGAUUUUGGCAAUUCAGGCAUUUUUCUACUUACCCAGUGUCAGGUGAACUUGUGGAUACUGUUUUUUUUGCCUAUGAUGGUAGUUAGAGAGUUUUGUGAGCCAAUGCUAAUUAGCGUUAGCGCAAUGACUGGAAGUCUACAGGUACCUGUACAGUAACAUAAAACCGUAGAAUCUCGCAGUAUCCCUUUAACCAUAAAUGGCUUUGCUUAUUGGGUGAAUAAAUUAUUUUUUGGGUUUCUUGCAGCUUCUGGAGGGAGCUAGACUAGAUUGUGAGCUGUGUGUUUUUGUAUCAUAUUAUUUUGCAUUAGUUGGACCAACGUUUUACCAUCUGGGAACUUCAAGUCACUAACAGAUAUGUUCGUCUCUCUCUGUGUCUGUGUGGUCAGGUUGUUCUGGAGUGUAUUCUAAAGAAGGACCUGGUCUACAACAAGGUCAACCCCAUAUUCCACCAUUGGAGGAUCAACGACAAGAAGUUUGGCCUGACCUUCCAGAGUCCUGCCGAUGCCAGGGCCUUUGAUAGAGGGAUCCGCAGGGCCAUCGAGGACAUCAACCAAGGUGGGUUAGGAAGAACCCCUGAGCUUUAGUCCACCUCAGUUCAGUACAGUCUCACCUCACGGAACUCAUGCUUUUGUAGACUCCUUUCCUCUGACAUGUGUGUGUUUGUAUGAAUUAGUGUGUGUGAGAGUCUGUGUGUGCAAGCGUACAUAUCUGCGUGUGAUUGUGUGUUGGUCUAUGUCUGUGGCAUGUAAUGAUUGACCUGUUCUCCUGGUGGUUGAUGCGUAGCAUUGAUUAGCUGUGAUGACUUCCCCUGCUCCCUGCUCACUCACCCAUGAUUGGCCCUCCUAUCUUAUCUUUGCCAGCUGUGGUGGAGAUAAGGGCACCACUUCCUGUACAGACUGGCAGCGUAGACAGUCGAGUUAGCGGAUGGGGCACAGGGACGCAUUUAUGUCAAUAUAGGGGCAGUCUGUGUCUCAUGGAAUUUUGAGUUUAGGCUUUAAGGUAGAAUAGGCUAGGUGGAGUUUGGGCUAGCGGAGUCCCUACUUCUGGAAGUUAGGUUGAAAAUGCUCCGGAAGUUAGGUUGAAAAUGCUGUAUCCCUAAAAACCAGAAACAUCCACUUUCUGCCGACUCCACAGAGAGUGAGGCUUGCCUUGUUAGAGAUGGGCUGAGGAUAAGCUAGGUUAACCUGGUUGUUGAUGUGCUGAACCUGGGCUAGGCUAGGUUAACCUGGUUGUUGAGGGGCAGAAGCUGGGCUAGGCUAACCUGGUUGUUGAUGGGCAGAAGCUAGGCUAACCUGGUUACAGAUGGGCUGAGGCUAGUGUAGGCUGGGCUAAGUGUUUGGAGAUGGGCUGAGCUUGAUACAGCAGCUUGGGGCUAUGAUAAGCGUUUCCAGCAGAGGUAAUGCCAUAGGUAGCAAAUGUGUCCAAUUAGCAGGAGAGCUGCCAGCUCAGCAAUCUGCCAUCCAGCCUCCUGGCCUGUGUUACUCAAGACUAAAACCUGGCUUGGGCUCUAUGGAUAUCUCCUUCACUCCCUGGCCCUGUAGACCUGGGGAGGAAACUGAUGGUGUCUAACAACAACAUGAAGAAGCGCUCUAUACCUAAAUGACCGUAUAACUCUAGCUCUGAAUGUCUUAGGUACUGAUAAACCAGUAGAGGUAACAGUCAAUACUAGCAUAUUAGCAGAAUUAUCAUUGCUGUAAAUUAGCACACAUGCCUUUGGUCUUGUCAGGAAUGGCUGUAUAAUAAGAGUGCUGCCUGGCUCCCAGUUCCUGUUCUACUCUGCUCCUCUCCUCUCUGUAGCCUCUGUUCUGUUCUGGCUUCCUCUGUAUUCCUCCAGUGUUGUGUAAUGCCUCUCCUCCACACAGGCAGGUUCCUCUGUAUUCCUGUUGCAUAGCUCUGCUCCCGGACUGCAGUGUGUGUGCUUCGAAGUCUGUGUGUGUACGAGUGUGUGCUUCUUAGUGUGUGUGUGUGUGUGUGUGUCAACCUUGCAAUCCUCUGUUGCCAUGGCAACGGUGGGCACAUGGUUCAGGCAGCUCCAUGGUCCAACACUGGCAGAGUCGUGCUGCAGAAAGUCUGUCUCAACGUGCUACAGACAGACGUUUGGCCAAGCCAUCAUUGUAAAUAAGAAUUUGUUCUUAAUUGACUCGCCUGGAAAAAUAAAGGUGAAAUAAAUACAAAUAUUUUUUUUACGCAGAGACUGACACAGAAAUAUAGAUACACGCACACUGUUGAAUGCUCCCACAGUUUUUUAUUGUGCAACGUUUCGACCCGACAGUCUUCUUCUCUAAACUAGAGACGGAGAGACACACAGACAGGGACAGACAGAGGCCUGGUUUCUCCUGCUGCUUGCCUGGCUUGUUUUAAAUGAGGUCUUGGUGAUCCUAAUUAAGUGAAUUGGGAGUCUUAAAAGAGUCUCUUGAUGCCGUAGGUACAAACCGUUUCCUCUUCGUCCGUCCCAGUGGAAAGAAGCUAAUCUCUGUUUUCUACACUACUGCCAACAUUUAACUAUGGACAAAUUUUCUUUCCCCCAACAUUUCAAUAAAAGCUUGUUUUUAGACAUGAUGUUGUUAAGAGUCAGGUACAAGUUCAACAGUACGAUUACUUACACUGAACAAAAAUAUAAACGCAACAUGUAAAGUGUUGGUUUCAUGAGCUAAAAUAAAAGAUCCCAGAAAUGUUCCAUACACACGAAAAGCUUAUUUCCCUCAUGCUGUGCACAAAUUUGUUUACAUCCCUGUUAGUGACCAUUUCUCUUUUGCCAAGAUAAUCGAUCCACCUGACAGGUGUGGCAUAUCAAGAAGCUGAUUAAACAGCAUGAUCAUUGCACAGGUGCACGUUGUGCUGGGGACCAAAAAAGGACACUCUAAAAUGUGCAGUUUAAUCACAACACAAAGCCACAGAUAUCUCAAGUUUUGAGUGAGCGUGCAAUUGGCAUGCUGACUGCAGGUAUGUCCACCAGAGCUGUUGCCAGAUAAUUGAAUGUUCAUUUCUCUACCAUAAGCCGCCUCCAACGUCGCUUUAGAGAAUUUGGCAGUACGUCCAACCGGCCUCACAACCACAGACCACGUAUAACCAUAGCCAGCCCAGGACCUCCACAUCCGGCUUCUUCACCUGCGAGAUCGUCUGAGACCAGCCAACCUGACAGCUGAUGAAACUGUGUGCUUGCACAACUGAAGAAUUUCUGCACAAACUGUCAAACUGUCUCAGGGAAGCUCAUCUGCGUGCUUGGUGUCCUCACCAGGGUCUUGACCUGACUGCAGUUCGGCGUCGUAACCGACUUCAGUGGGCAAAUUCUCACCUUCGAUGACCACUGGCACGCUGUAGAAGUGUGCUCUUCACGGUUGAAUCCCAGUUUCAACUGUACCGGGCAGAUUGCAGACCACUUGUAUGGCAUUGUGUGGGCGAGCGGUUUUCUGAUGUCAACGUUGUGAACAGAGUGCCCCAUGGUGGGGUUAUGGUGUGGGCAGGCAUAAGCUACGGACAACAAACACAAUUGCAUCUUAUCGAUGGUAAUUUGAAUGCACAGAGAUACCGUGAUGAGAUCCUGAGGUCCAUUGUCGUGCCAUUCCGCCGCCGCCAUCACCUCAUGUUUCAGCAUGAUAAUGCACGGCCCCAUGUCGCAAGGAUCUGUACACAAUUCCUGGAAGCUGAAAAUGUCCCAGUUCUUCCAUGGCCUGCAUACUCACCAGACAUGUCACCAAUUGAGCAUGUUUGGGAUGCUCUGAAUCUACGUGUACGACAGCGUGUUCCAGUUUCCGCUAAUAUCCAGCAACUUCGCACAGCCAUUGAAGAGUGGGACAACAUUCCACAGGCCACAAUCAACAGCUUUAUCAACUCUAUGCGAAGGAGAUGUGUUGCGCUGCAUGAGGUGGUCACACCAGAUACUGACUUGUUUUCUGCUCUACGCCCCUACCUUUGUUUGAAAGUAUCUGUGACCAACAGAUGCAUAUCUGUAUUUCCAGUCAUGUGAAAUCCAUAGAUUAUGAAUGAAUUUAUUUCAAUUGAAAUUGUUGCAUUUUGUAUUUUUGUUUAAUGUAGUAUUCUUAUCAUAAGUCUACUUUCUUGAAACUCGGCCUCAGUGAAUGUAAAAUCUUUGGACCGAGUCAUGGCUUUUUAUCCUCAACCCGAGUUGCACUUAUACAAGCAAAGAGUAGAUUUCAUUAGGCCAUGUGUCUUACUAACACAGAGUAGCUUUCAUUUCCCCAUUUAGCUGUGAUGGCGGAUGUAAGUCUGGGCCUACCAUACCUCCCUCAAUGGCUUCCCUCUUCCCUCUAUCACCAGUGGCAUGCUUGUGGGGAUGUGUGACGUCUGGGGACAUUUUAGGGACUUUUGAUAUAAUGGGACUUGGUGAUGUGGGGAUAUACAGUAAUGUUAUGUGAACUCUCUUUCUUUCUUUCUUUCUUUCUUUCUUUCUUUCUUUCUCUCUCUCUCUCUCUCUCUCUCUCUCUCUCUCUCUCUCUCUCUCUCUCUCUCUCUCUCUCUCUCUCUCUCUCUCUCACUCAUCUGUAUCUGUGUAGCUACAUGCUGGAAGUCUUAUUGAAUUUCAGAUUUUAUUCAAUCUUCUCUUUUCCAGGCUGUCCAGCGUUUGGUGACUCGGACUCCCUUGAAGAUGGAUUACAGGUGAGUCCAGGAACUAGGGUCCUCGUAUAUUCUCCAUGUACAUGUCUUUAUUUGGUAGCGCUACGGUUUUCUGUAGGACUAACCUGACUUCUCACCAGUCUAGUAAAAUUCAGUUCUAUUGCCUGUGCUUGAAUCAAGGACGCAGGACCGAGGUAAAUCUGAGCAGUGGCUCAACACGACACUCUAUCCCAGUACUGCUUCAGGCCCUUUGUCUUUUCCUCUGACAGUUGUCUUUAGGAUAUGGGUCUGUUUUAACAGCCAGGGCCUUGCCUUACCUUUCAUUGCUGGGGAGUUGUCGAGUGUGGCCACAGCUUAGGUGUGCAUAUCUGUCACCCGGGCAAAACUGAUACCUGGGAACCUAGUUGCGUAAAAAAAGUCAACAUGGUACAUUUCUCCAAUUUGUCUUCGUGGGUUAUCUGAAACCACUCGUAUUUCCUCAUCUAUUGAUAGAUUGAGCUGUGCUCAGGCGUAGUGUGUUGGUAAGAUGGUAAAGGAGUUAGUUCUCUUUGUCCUCCUUAGUAUGAGCUUUCACAAGCUACUGGUACUGUUUCGGCAGUGUAGUUAGCCAAGUUUUCUCAAUCUCAUCAACAAGGAGUACAGGUAUAGGCCUACACACCCAAGCUGAUUUUGCUUUAGAAAUGGAGUGUGUUGUAGAAACACAACACUGCUCCUUGCUCUAGUUUAGCUUAUGAAACACCACAAGUAGACAAAUCUAUCAUCAGAUUUGUGACACGAAUGGCCAAUGCAUGGUAUUUGUGAAAGUAUACAUGGCAAACUGAACCUGUUUACAAAAGGCAUUGUUUCAGAUGACCUGCUAAGCUAAUGAUUUAGUAUCCUCUGCUGCUCUUUAAUUACCAGUAUCUGUGGGUUUUGUGUCCACCAGUGAUCUGGUGGCUGGGCUGCAAUCACCUUUGACCCAACAGUAGCUGACCUCAUUCACAGAGUGGAGUAGAGAAGGUCAGAGGGCGUGAGAGGAAGGAGAGGAUAUGUUCCUGUUCCUGUGGAGAGCAGCUUCCGCUUUAAGAAAUCAGCCAUACAGGAAGUCCAAUGACCGCUGUUGCUAGGCAGCAAAGGAGCCGGCGGGCGGCCAGUGGGUGGGAGGAGCAGGGGGGUUCAGUAAGUGAGCAACCGAGGGUGUCGCAUUGGUAAUUUGGCAUCAGAGUGUUGCGGUCUGAGACCUGGGAGUGGGCUACACGGGCGAGAAACUGUGAGGCUAGUCACACUCUCGCACCAAGCCACGCAGCCAAAGAGAUGGAGCUAACUAACGCUCGACUCAAAUGCCACCACACACUAGGCAAGCUUCCAUUGACCGAGGUUUAUUCAACAAAAUGCAAUGUAUUUUGCGAUAUGUGUAAUGGAACGGCAGAUACAGGAUACAUUUUCUAAAGAUAGACAACAUUUUUAUCCGUUCUUUUGUCAAACUGUCUUUAUUGUGACAAAUGAUGAUGGAAAUGGUGUUUUUCGAAUAAAGUAUGAUUGCCAAAUCAUUUUGAAGGUACGCGAGGCAAGUGAUGUCACCGCGUAACUAUAAAGCUCCACUCCACAUUUAAUUCUGUCUACUGCUUGCAACAAAAAAAUUCAACUAUAAAUAUAAUGUUUCUUUGCAGGACAAGGAUUGUCCUGACUUUCAAGAAUGCCUAAAUUGCUUCACCUUGCUUUUCUGGUUGGCUGGCAAGUUUCGCCAUCAAGUUAUUUCAGAUCUACAGGAGUGCAAGUUUCACCAUAGCACAGACUGUGGUGAUAGGUUGGCACAUGAGAAUUAUUAGAAUAUGGCAAAUAUUAGUCAAUUAUUGCAUUCUAUCCAUGCUGGCUUUCGCGGGCUACCUGAGACAUGAAGCUAAUAGGUGGGAGGGCAUAUACUGUGGCUUGCGAAAGUAUUCACCCCCCUUGGCAUUUUUCCUAUUUUGUUGCCUUACAACCUGGAAUUAAAAUUGAUUUUUGGGGGGUUUGUAUCAUUUGAUUUACACAACAUCCCUACCACUUUGAAGAUGCAACAUAUUUUUUCUUGUGAAACAAACAAUAAAUAAGACAAAAAAAACAGAACUUGAGUGUGCAUAACUAUUCACCCCCAAACCCCCCCCCCCCCCCAAAGUCAAUACUUUGUAGAGCCACCUUAUGCAGCAAUUACAGCUGCAAGUCUCUUGGGGUAUGUCUCCAUAAGCUUGGCACAUCUAGCCACUGGGAUUUUUGCCCAUUCUUCAAGGCAAAACUGCUCCAGCUCUCUUUAAGUCAUACCACAGAUUCUCAAUUGGAUUGAGGUCUGGACUUUGACUAGGCCAUUCCAAGACAUUAAAAUGUCUCCCCUUAAACCACUCAAGUGUUGCUUUAGCAGUAUGCUUCGGGUCAUUGUCCUGCUGGAAGGUGAACCUCCGUCCCAGUCUCAAAUCUCUGGAAGACUGAAACAGGUUUCCCUCAAGAAUUUCCCUGUAUUUAGCGCCAUCCAUCAUUCCUUCAAUUCUGACCAGUUUCCCAUCCCUGCCGAUGAAAAACAUCCCCACAGCAUGAUGCUGCCACCACCAUGCUUCGCUGUGGGGAUGGUGUUCUCGGGGUGAUGAGAGGUGUUGGGUUUGUGCCAGACAUAGCGUUUUCCUUGAUGGACAAAAAGCUCAAUUUUAGACUCAUCUGACCAGAGUACCUUCUUCCAUAUGUUUGGGGAGUCUCCCACAUGCCUUUUGGCCACUCUUCCGUAAAGCCCAGCUCUGUGGAGUGUACGGCUUAAAGUGGUCCUAUGGACAGAUACUCCAAUCUCUGCUGUGGAGCUUUGCAGCUCCUUCAGGGUUAUCUUUGGUCUCUUUGUUGCCUCUCUGAUUAAUGCCCUCCUUGCCUGGUCCGUGAGUUUUGGUGGGAGGCCCUCUCUUGGCAGGUUUGUUGUGGUGCCAUAUUCUUUCAAAUUUUUUAUAAUGGAUUUAAUGGUGCUCCGUGGGAUGUUCAAAGUUUCUGAUAUUUUUUUAUAAACCAACCCUGAUCUGUACUUCUCCACAACUUUGUCCCUGACCUGUUUGUAGAGCUCCUUGGUCUUCAUGGUGCCGCUUGCUUGGUGGUGCCCCUUGCUUAGUGGUGUUGCAGACUCUGGGACCUUUCAGAACAGAUGUGUAUAUAUACUGAGAUCAUGUGACAGAUCAUGUGACACUUACAUUGCACACAGGUGGACUUUAUAUAACUAAUUAUGUGACUUCUGAAGGUAAUUGGUUGCACCAGAUCUUAUUUAGGGGCUUCAUAUCAAAGGGAGUGAAUACAUAUGCACGCACCACUUUACCAUUAUUUAUUUUUUUGAAUUUUUUGAAACAAGUAAUUUUUUUCACUUCACCAAUUUGGACUAUUUUGUGUAUGUCCAUUACAUGAAAUCCAAAUAAAAAGCCAUUUAAAUUACAGGUUGUAAUGCAACAAAAUAGGAAAAACGCUAAGGGGGAUGAAUACUUUUGCAAGGCACUGUAGGUUGUUGCCAAUUUUUUCAUGCGCAAUUUGCCUAAAUAGGUAAUGGAAGCACUUCAACCACUACAUUUUUAUUUGACACAAGUUUUUUGCAGAUGUUUUUUGUUUAUUUGGUGUGAUGUCAUUACGUCCAGCUGUUUUCAUCGACACAAGAUAGUUAAAUGAAAAUGCACCCUAGCAGGCAACUGUCUCAUCUAUUUUAUAUGCAAACAUUUUAAAAGUUUGAAAAUAAAUCACUGGACAAGUUAAUGAAAACAUAGCUACUGUGUGAUAUUAGCCUGCACCUCUUCAUGACUGGACACGUUCCGGCCAUCGCUAUGUGCUGUGCUCCAUCCCAGAAUUUAACUCGGACGACGAGAACUGUGUGUGCAGACUAAAAAGGCCAUAGAAAUAAGUUGGGUUUUGUUCACUUUCAUUUCUUCAUCGAAGGUCUGACAUUUAAUUGAUUUAGCUGAAAGUGACCUUGUGCUGUAGCCCAGCCAAGAGCCAUGAGACGAGUCACUAUGACAUGGGAGGUAGGGUCACUUUGGAGGCUCGUUUGGCCUUUUAUUGGAUUUAGCCUAGUCAUUCUCUGUAUGAGCUUGACUGGACUAGUAACAUGUCUGCCAUGUAGAAUGUUUUGGGAUGUCUGGUUUUCCCCUGAUACUCUGAAGCUCUGAGCACAUGCAGACAUCAAUGGCCAGCCAGGUCUCUUGGUAUCUGGAACCUCUUAACCCCCAGUCCAGAUGUGUGUGUGUGUGUGUGUGUGUUAUGCGUGGCUCUGUAUCUUGUGUGAGCCUGUAUGUGGUGUAGGGCCCUCUCAUCAGCCCACAUCCUGCCCUCCCUCACCCUGACACCUCACACCCACCGCCAGUCUCACACACACGCACACGCGCAUAUACACACAGUCGACACAUGCAUACACACUCAGUCAAAGGCUGACAUACUGCACAAAUGGCACCCCCCACACACUCUCAUAGCCAUUCACACACUUAAUUGACAAGAUGCUGCUGUCCUUGACUUAGCCUGUGCAGAACCUUGUUUAGAUGCAACAUUUGACAGGUUUAUGAGAAUGAAAAACCACAUCUACUGCACGACCUCAGCUGAGGGGGAUGGAUGUGUCUUUCCUUAUCUCAAAUGGAUGUAGAAGAUAGGACUUGUGGGAAAUGUAGUUUGUGUUUGCAGAGAUUUUGAUGCAGCCAAGUAUUUGAGAGGAGGUGGGGUGGUAUAGUUCAGGAGAGAUUAAAGAAGCAAACCCAAGUAGUGGGUCAAACGGUGCAAGUUUUAGUCAAGUAAGGUAGUUUGGUUGAGGAGAAAGCGUACUGAAGAGAAGCACUUGUAGAAUCAGUGUAGAGCAGGGCUGAGCAGCGUUACGAGGAUUCAUACUAGGAAUGAGUCAUCGUCUGUAAAACUGAAGAACUCGUCAUACACAAUCCCACUCUCUCCCCCUCUGCUUCUCUCUCUCUCUAACACACAUCUGAAUGCUUUUUGCUUGAGAUGUUUCACAAUGAAAUACUGAACAGAGGACCCAGAUAUUUUAGAGGUCAUCAUGCAGAUGCUUGGACCUGUGAGUCCUUAUGAGUCGCUGAUACAACAUAUUCACACACAUAACAUAGACUACACACACAUACAGUACACACACAGAGACACACACCUGUGCCCUAUGGGGUUUCCAGAAUGCGGAGCAGUCCAGCCCCUGUGUGUGCCUGGGAGGGUGGAAGCGCGUGAAGCUCUGAAGUUGGUCCUGCGCCAGGUUGCUCCCCACCAUCUCCCCCUCAACAUCUCUGGGGUCAGAUCAGAUCCAGAUUGGCCCCCACGCAUGCCUUUGAAUGGUGGGGCUCAGCCCAGUGCUUUAAAAGGAAGCCCAAAUCUGGUUCCCAUUUCAUCCCCCUAACUCACACACACACACAGCUGUCAUCUGGCUUUUUAAGUUCUGAGCCGCAUUUCUCCAGCUGGAGCUGGUUUAUGACAUUCUCUCGGCAGACUCGUUGGCUGUGCUCUCUCACACACACAUGCAUACACACUCACAUAUACAUAUGCUCUCGUAUACACACUUAUUUGAUCCUGUUCUGUUCUUUCUGUUCUUUCCACUCCUCUUCUUAUUCUGUCAUUCCUGCUCAGACGGCUAACCUACCGGGUGUGUGUGAGACACAGUAUUGUAGCAUUCCGAGAAGCAGAGGAGAGAAGACACACACUGUGUUAGCAGAGAGAGAGAGCGAGAGGCAUCUCUUAGCAACCACAGGACAGUAAUUACUGUAAUAGCAGCUGGGCACAAACCAGAUUUCCGCUGUGCGUUAAAACACUGGCGUGGGCUACUUUACACACUGCACUGACUAACCAGCAGCCUCCUCCACACGCAGAGAGGACGAGGGAGGGAGCGAUGGACAAGCCUGGAUGGAGCCAGGGAGUGUAUGCUUGUGUGUGAAAGACAGAAAGUACAGUGGGGGAAAAAAGUAUUUAGUCAGCCACCAAUUGUGCAAGUUCUCCCACUUAAAAAGAUGAGAGAGGCCUGUAAUUUUCAUCAUAGGUACACGUCAACUAUGACAGACAAAUUGAGAAAAAAAAUCCAGAAAAUCACAUUGUAGGAUUUUUAAUGAAUUUAUUUGCAAAUUAUGGUGGAAAAUAAGUGUUUGGUCAAUAACAAAAGUUUCUCAAUACUUUGUUAUAUACCCUUUGUUGGCAAUGACACAGGUCAAACGUUUUCUGUAAGUCUUCACAAGGUUUUCACACAUUGUUGCUGGUAUUUUGGCCCAUUCCUCCAUGCAGAUCUCCUCUAGAGCAGUGAUGUUUUGGGGCUGUCGCUGGGCAACACAGACUUUCAACUCCCUCCAAAGAUUUUCUAUGGGGUUGAGAUCUGGAGACUGGCUAGGCCACUCCAGGACCUUGAAAUGCUUCUUACGAAGCCACUCCUUUGUUGCCCGGGCGGUGUGUUUGGGAUCAUUGUCAUGCUGAAAGACCCAGCCACGUUUCAUAUUCAAUGCCCUUGCUGAUGGAAGGAGGUUUUCACUCAAAAUCUCACGAUACAUGGCCCCAUUCAUUCUUUCCUUUACACGGAUCAGUCGUCCUGGUCCCUUUGCAGAAAAACAGCCCCAAAGCAUGAUGUUUCCACCCCCAUGCUUCACAGUAGGUAUGGUGUUCUUUGGAUGCAACUCAGCAUUCUUUGUCCUCCAAACACGACGAGUUGAGUUUUUACCAAAAAGUUAUAUUUUGGUUUCAUCUGACCAUAUGACAUUCUCCCAAUCCUCUUCUGGAUCAUCCAAAUGCACUCUAGCAAACUUCAGACGGGCCUGGACAUGUACUGGCUUAAGCAGGGGGACACGUCUGGCACUGCAGGAUUUGAGUCCCUGGCGGCGUAGUGUGUUACUGAUGGUAGGCUUUGUUACUUUGGUCCCAGCUCUCUGCAGGUCAUUCACUAGGUCCCCCUGUGUGGUUCUGGGAUUUUUGCUCACCGUUCUUGUGAUCAUUUUGACCCCACGGGGUGGGAGCUUGCGUGGAGCCCCAGAUCGAGGGAGAUUAUCAGUGGUCUUGUAUGUCUUCCAUUUCCUAAUAGUUGCUCCCACAGUUGAUUUCUUCAAACCAAGCUGCUUACCUAUUGCAGAUUCAGUCUUCCCAGCCUGGUGCAGGUCUACAAUUUUGUUUCUGGUGUCCUUUGACAGCUCUUUGGUCUUGGCCAUAGUGGAGUUUGGAGUGUGACUGUUUGAGGUUGUGGACAGGUGUCUUUUUAUACUGACAACAAGUUCAAACAGGUGCCAUUAAUACAGGUAACGAGUGGAGGACAGAGGAGCCUCUUAACGAAGAAGUUACAGGUCUGUGAGCCAGAAAUCUUGCUUGUUUGUAGGUGACCAAAUACUUAUUUUCCACCAUAAUUUGCAAAUAAAUUCAUUAAAAAUCCUACAAUGUGAUUUUCUGGAUUUUUUUUCUCAAUUUGUCUGUCAUAGUUGACGUGUACCUAUGAUGAAAAUUACAGGCCUCUCUCAUCUUUUUAAGUGGGAGAACUUGCACAAUUGGUGGCUGACUAAAUACUUUUUUCCCCCACUGUAUAUGCUUAUGCGUUUGAGAGUAUAUAUCUUUGUGUGACUGCGUGUACGGUUGCGUACCAUAUGUGUGAGUAUUUGUGUGCCAGUGCAGGUCUGUAAGAAUGUUUGUGUGUACUCUGGCAUGUGCACAGAUGGGAGCACCAUGCUUGUGUGAGUGCCGAAAUGUGCUGGCCUCUCUCUGUCAUGGCUGCCUAUCUCCGUCUCCUCUCCUCCAUACCUUUCUUCCUCUCCUGCUGGGCUUGGGCUCAUAGUCCAUUGUCACCUAACGUGUGUGUGUGUCUGAACAUGAAUGUAUUUGGUCUGUCUGUGUGUUACAUAGUUCUUAACAGUAUUUGUCCUUUGCAGUUGACUAGGAGCUAUUUACUCACAUUUGUUUUGUGUGUGGAUGCUGCUGGAAUGUCUUCUGAGCCCCUAAAUAUAAAUACUCUCCUUAGAGGACACAUUUAGCCUUCAAGAGGAGGGAAUGUUUUACAAUUUAGUAAUUUAGCAGACGCCCUUAUACAGAGUGACUUACAGUAGUGAGUGCAUACAUUUUCGUACUGGUCCCCCAUGAAACCCACAACCCUGGUGUUGCAAGCGCCACGCUCUACCAACUGAGCCACACGGGACUACGAAACCGGCGACUGGGUUAGAAGUGGCUAUGUGUUUAUCAGGCCCAUGUUUGUAGAUCUCACACCAAUAAAAAUGCCUGUGGGAACACAUGGGAGGCUGAUAGGAACUCUGAGUUCUCAACAGAAGGGGCUUGAGUCAUCUCACAGGCAGAAGCACAGGGAGAAAUGUAGGCUCUGGCCACCACCUGGUGGACAAAUGUGAAAUUCAUAUAGGUAGGAUAUCAGUGCCGUCUGUAGCUACAGGAAUCAGUGUUAUGCUUCUAAUUUGAAAGUAUAAUAAAGACGCCUUGUAUAAGUUGGAAUGUAUGAUGUGUUGAAUAUAGAAGUUGAUAGAUGUAGUCAAUGUCUGACUGACUGGUUGUGUGUGGUUGUUGCAGCCCCUGUGUGAGGAGCCGCCCUCCAUCUGUACGCCCAUGAAGGAGCCCUUCUCCCCCCUGAGUGUCCACAGUGUGGUGUCCACUGAGCCCUACCGAGGCUGCUACGUCCGCGCUCAGCCUUUUGACGAGUUCCCCUCCAACAACCGCCGCUACCUGCCUCCUCAGGUCAGUACCAAACAUCUCUAGACCCACUCUAUAUUACCGUAUAUCAUAAGCCCUUUAUCGCUAUUGGAGAUUAAACCUAGUUAAGUAUACUAAUUCUGAAGAAUGUCUUAUUACAUGUCAUGGAAGGACAGUAAAGAUCAGACAAGAUGCAUGCUAAAAUAAGUUAAAUAUAUGCUGACACCCUGCUAAAAUGUCUGUUGUGCUCCCUCUGAACUGAAUAAACAAUAAUAUAAUAACUAUGUCUCCAGCAGGUGUCCUUCAAGUCGACGCGCCACGUCAGCUUUCACAUGGACGAGGAGGAGAUCGUAAGGAUCAACCCUCGUAAGGACCUUCUGAUCCGCGGUUACGAGGACUACCGCCACCCCGUCAUGUGGAAGCAGGAUGUCGAGCGAGAGGACCCUGACUUCCCCGCCCCCUUCCACAAACUGGACAACAAGAAGUGUGAGUACCUCUUCCCAGAGGGGCCGGGAAUGGAGUCCCACUCGGGCCCUGGGAGUAUGGGUAUGGGCACAGGACUGGGGCUAGGGCUGGGUAAAGACUCCUCCAUCAAGACCCAGCCUUCGCCGCUGCUCAAGUCCAAAAAAGGACGGCGGCGGCGGGAGGAUGGUGAGCGUUCACGCUGUAUCUACUGCCGGGAAAUGUUCAACCAUGAGGACAACCGGCGGGGCCAGUGCCAGGACGCUCCAGACCCCAUCAAGCAGUGCAUCUAUAAAGUCAGCUGCAUGCUGUGUGCCGAGAGCAUGCUCUACCACUGCAUGUCCGACUCUGAGGGAGACUUCUCGGACCCGUGCUCGUGUGACACGGCUGACGAGCAGUUCUGCCUGCGCUGGCUGGCCCUGGUGGCGCUGUCCUUCAUCGCUCCCUGUAUGUGCUGCUACCUGCCGCUGAGAGCCUGCCACCACUGUGGGGAGGCCUGCCGAUGCUGCGGGGGCAAGCACAAGGCCGCCGGGUGA